GAUGUUUUGAUCUUUCUUGGAUUCCAUGUGAUCCCGCCAACACAAAACUCUUUUCUCGGUCGUUUCGCCAGAUCAUUUGGACAUCAGAAGCGUCGUAGAUAUUUAUGAAGAAGGGAGGAGAUUGAUGAUGCUUUGUGGUUCUUUGCGAGAUCGAAUACAGCCUUGGCUUCGCGACUAUGUUAAACUCCAAUCUCUCGCCGUCAUCCUCAUCUACGCUCAGAUUGGUUGCGCUCUGAUUGGAUCACUAGGAGCCUUAUACAAUGGAGUCUUACUAAUAAACUUGGUGAUUGCGUUGUUUGCGCUAGUGGCAAUCGAAAGCAAUAGCCAAAGCCUUGGCCGCACCUACGCUGUUCUCCUCUUCUGUGCUCUUCUUCUCGAUAUCUCAUGGUUCAUCCUCUUCACCCAAGAGAUUUGGAGCAUCUCAGCUGAGACGUAUGGGACUUUCUUUAUAUUCUCAGUGAAGCUAACUAUGGCUAUGGAGAUGAUUGGUUUCUUUGUCAGGCUCUCUUCUUCUCUCUUGUGGUUUCAGAUUUAUAGGCUUGGUGCUUCUAUUGUAGACACUUCGCUUCCCCGUGAAACGGAUUCGGAUUUGCGGAACAGCUUCUUGAAUCCGCCCACUCCUGCUAUAGACAGGCAGUGUUCAGGUGCUGCUGAAGAAAUCUUGGGUGGUUCUAUCUACGACCCUGCCUACUACACCUCUCUUUUUGAAGAGGUCCAAUCCAAUAUGAGUUCACCCAUCGCAGCACAGGUGAAUCAUUAUUCAGCUGAGAACAAUGGAUCACCAUCUGCAGAAGAAGCCUCUCAGAUUAAGUCCCCCACAUCCAGAUCAUUGCAUGCAAUUGAUGAAGAGAAAGGUUUGAAGCAACUGCCGGGGAAGUCUUCAUUAUGAGCGAAACCUCCAUUCAAGGAAGGUGGUGCUAUCUUAGCAUAUCUAAACAAAGAAGUGUCUGCUUUGCAUUAGCUGAGGUUUAGGAUUUGAAGCAGAUGCGCAAGUAGUAUCCCGUAAGUGAGAGAAUCAUGAAAUAGUCUCCAUGUUCGUACAAAGGACAAGAAGAUUAUAUACCCACCAUGCCUGCCAGAAGAUGAGAUUCUAUAUGUUGACAACAAGUAAGCACCGUUUUUUAUGCUUUUUCGGUUAUUUAUUUUGUAUGAAAACAUUUAUUUAUUUGGGGAUUAUGUGGUUAGAAUAGAGUCAGAAUCUACUCCGGGUUUAUCUUCUUUGUGUGUAAAUGGAGAUACUUUUUUGUUUUGUUUUCAAUGGAGAUAGUAUAAAGAUUCGGGGCG